AUGAAGCUCCACCCAUCUGAAUCAAGACCAAAAAAACCCAAAUUGGCAACAAUCGCAGCCAUAACCUUACUCCUAACCAUCCCUCUCUACUUCUCCUUCUUCGCAAAUUCCUCCAAAAAACUCCCCGAAAAAGCACCGGCGGCAACGCCAUCACACAGCGAGUCGAAGAUCCGAUCCAAAGCGCAGGACCUGAAAUGCGACCUCUUCAACGGCGAGUGGGUCCCGGAUCCCAAGGCUCCUUACUACACGAACGAGACCUGCUACGCGAUCCAGGAGCACCAGAACUGUAUGAAGUUCGGGCGGCCCGACACGGAGUUCAUGAAAUGGAGGUGGAAGCCCGAUGGGUGCGAGCUGCCGGGUUUCGACCCGAACCGGUUUCUGGAGCUUAUGAAGGGGAAGUCGCUGGCGUUUGUUGGGGACUCGGUGGCUAGGAAUCAUAUGCAGUCCUUGAUCUGCCUCUUGUCCAGGGUUACACAUCCAGUCGAGCUGUCCAACCCGAGCGAACAGAACAAGCGAUACGAGUACCGAAAGUACAACUUCUCCAUAUCCAUGUUCUGGUCCCCGUACCUCGUCCGAACUGACCAGCUCCAAACUGAGCCCUUCAACUUGUACCUCGACGAGCCCGACCCUCACUGGCCGGAGGCAAUCGCCCCCUUCGACUACGUCCUCCUCUCAGCCGAGCACUGGUUUUUCCGGCCGACUUACUUCCACCUCAGCCGCCACCUGGUCGGCUGCCUCUACUGCCCCGAACAAAACCCCACCACCCGCCUGCCGCCUACCUUCAGCUACCGCCUCGCCUUCCGAACGGCUUUCCGGGCCAUCAACUUGGUCUCCAGUUUCCGAGGGGUUGUGUUCCUCCGCACGUUCGCCCCGUCGCAUUUUGAGGGCGGCACGUGGAACGGAGGCGGGGACUGCAAGCGGACUGCGCCGUUCGGGAGGAACAAUGGCACGGGUCUCGAGGAUCGGUUUAAGGAGAUGUAUGAGAUACAGCUGGAGGAGCUCGGGAUUGCUCGGAGGGCGGUGAAGGGGAAUGGGGAGAGGUUUAGGCUGUUUGAUGCGACCCGACCCAUGAUGUUGAGGCCCGAUGGGCACCCGAGUAGGUAUGGGCACUGGCCCGGGGCGAAAUUGGUGCUGGUGAAUGACUGUGUGCAUUGGUGUCUGCCCGGCCCGAUUGAUGGCCUGAAUGAUUUGUUUCAAGAAUUGUUGGAAAGGGAGAUAAAGGAUGAUCGGUAG